AUGUCUCGACCACAACUCCAAACUCGCCCCUCGAGCAUCGUCGCACAGCGCAAAACAAUCAUCCUCGUCUCCGGCGGAAAUACAGGAAUCGGCUAUGAAAUCGUCAAGAGGCUCGCCGGCGACAGCCCCAACAACCAUGUCUUGAUGGGAUGCCGCGACACCCACAAGGGCGAAGAGUCGGUGGCGAGCAUGGGCGCCCCCAUCAACGUCAACCCCAUCCAGCUCGACAUCACCGAUGACGAGUCCAUUGAGCACUGCUUCCUGGCCAUCCGACAGCAUUUUGGGAGGCUUGACAUCCUGAUCAACAACGCCGGGACGGCCGCACAGCAUCUACCCCAGGACGCCACAGUACGGCAGAAAUUCGACCUCUGCAUGAACGUCAACGUCACCUCGACUGCCGUCCUCACCGACAAACUAUUGCCACUACUCGAACAGUCCAAGUUGCCCAAAAUCAUUUUUAUCACUUCCACCCUGGGAUCCAUACAGACCACUCUAGAUCGUGGCAUAAUGUUCAAGGGACCCUGGUACAAUUCGAGCAAAUCCGCCGUGAACGCGCUCGCCGUAUACUACGCCAAGCUGUGCCCGCAAUGGAAGGUCAACACGAGGGAUUGCAUCCAAAAUUGGGAGCUGUCAGGGUUGCCGAGUUGGUGGCGCAAGGGCCUGAUGGAGUAA